AUGUCAUAUUUUGCUCUUGAUCAUUGGCCUAUUGAAUUGAUAUAUACAAUUUUUGAGUUUCUCUCCGAUUGUGAUAUUGUUUUGUCAUUUUUUAAUACAAGUUCUCGUAUGAAUGACAUUCUACAAAAUUACAAAAAUUAUACAUUUAAAUUUACUUCAAUUUCAAGAAAAAAUUUUCAUUUCAUUUUGGAUAAUAUCAAUUUGAGUAAUAUUGUUUCUCUCACUCUUUCGGAUGAUCGUCAUACUGGUGGUCAAUUUGGUCUUUUUCUUUCAUAUUAUUCUUCGUCUUUUCAUUUAUUUACUCGUCUUAGUUUGUUAAAUCUUCAUGAUAUCAAAAUUAAAAAAGAUCAAUAUGAUCAAAUGAAAAUGUCUUUAAGACAAUUCAAACAACUUCGUUACUUACAUCUUGAUCAUGUGGAUAUACGAGAUAUUGAUGAUCAUUUAUUAUCAGCUAUUGAACAGCUUGAUAAUCGUUGUUUAUUAAAAAUUGAUGAUUAUGACGAUAUCGAUUUUAGUCAUCUUUCGAAAUCUAUUCAAUAUUAUCAUGCACGUAUGAGGGUGAGUAUAGCAUGA